AUGUUAUCAGUUAACAACAAAUUGAUUAUUCGAUGUUAACAAUAGUUACUUAGCUCUUUUUCUUCAUUUAUAACAAAUCGACCACUCAUAAUUGAGACUAUUGUAUUAAUUUAUAACAAAUCGAUUACUGUUAUGCAAAACUGAUUAUCACAGUGUGUAUGGUUAACCAGUUGCAAUCGUCGCCUAUGACGAGGGACGACUACAUCACUGUGAAGAGACAUGACUAAAUUGAAAGAUGAGGGACGACCACAUCACCGUGAAGAAACAUGGCUAAAUUGAAAGAGGCAGUGAGCUUUCUAGGGAGCAUAGCAAAAAUGCACGUGAUAAGUCAUCAUCUUUCUAAAUCACCGGACACUUGGUAUGUUAACAGGCAGGACUUAACGUGGUUUUUUACUCGGAAACAAAUUGGCGGACGAGGUAAGGUUGUCUUUAUCAACGCUUCAGAAAUGGUUCAUCGUUAUGUCACUUACGUUAACAGAAAUAUAUAUAUAGUGGAGCAUACAUACUUGAUAAUAGUACAAAGGAAAAGUAUCAUAAUCAUAUGGGCUAGAUUGGUGGUGUUCCCAAUUAAAGGGAAAAACUGGUGCUUUAGCAGAUCCAUUGAUUCGUCUCCAUCAGAAUUCUCCGCUGCUAACACAGCUUCCACUGUUAAAGGGAUUUACAAGAAGAUUUCAUCAAAUCCCAAGCCCCUCAUUGACAAUGCUGAGCUUCUUAUCGAUUUCGUUUCCAACAAGAUGAAUAAGUCUUGGAUGGGAUUGGAAAAGGCGCCUGAGGGCAGUUUCAAAAACAAGCUACAUGGGCUGGGGUUGCGGCUUUUAGCUCGAGUUAAACCAUCUGAGAUUUUGUUGAAAUCUAUAACCAAGGACGUUACUAAUGUUCAGAUUACAUACCCCACCAGUUUAAAUGCACGGCUUGUGCAGCAAAGAUUACGGCAAAUAGCCUUGAGGGGUACUGUUAUACACAGAAAAUACUUUUAUGGUUCGGUUUCAUUGCUUCCACUGACCACUGCAUUUACUGUUCUGCCUCUGCCUAACAUCCCAUUCUUUUGGGCCUUGUUUCUCACUUAUUCACAUUGGCGAGGACUCCAGUGAGAAGCUCCUUCAGCUAGUCUCCCAAGCUCAAAACACAAAAUGGGAAGGGGAAUGAAUCUGAGCAUAAAGAUUGGAAACAUGGAACUAAUAAUUUACCAAGUUUCAAAUGGGUGUUUGAGCCAUCGAAGGAGUUGGAGGACCUUAUUAACCGGGAACAUGAAGAUGGUUAUCUUAGUGAACAAGCUAUCUCAGAAAUAUGCAAUAGUUUUAGUUUGAACAAGAAUGAUGUUUUGAAGUGCAGAGAUUUGGUGUAAUUGACAUUUUUUCCCCUGUCAAUAGGGGCUGUGACAACAAUAUGAUGAAGAGAUACAUACAUGCACUUACCGUUGAACACAGCGUAAUGCCUUUAUGUUUUACAGAUUAUUUUUUCGGGAUCGAAGAUAGGAAGGAUAUAAAUAAGGAUCUAGCGUGUUACUUUUGAAUA